AUGCCUCGUGGACGCGGAUGCUUCGGCCGGCGUUGGUUCGGCUGGGGAGGCGGCAGUGUAGGCGCAGGGAGCAGUCGCCGGGCGGGAGGCGGCGGUGGAGGCGGCGGCAGCGGCGGUGGACGCGUCGACAGCGGUGGUGGACGCGGCGCCGCGCCGGGCGGUCUGUGGCCCUCUAGCCUUUCCGGGCCGCAGACUGUCGAUAUCUACCGGCACGGCAUCCCCGUGUCGCCAUCGUGUCGCCUAGCACACGGCUGGCACGUGACGAGCACCGGCUAUGCCACGCCUGGGCCGGCACAACCCGGUCCAUGGAACCCCGAAGGUCGCCUGAACUUUUGGCAAGGCCGCGACUUCGACACCGUGGUCACCUUCUACAAGUCUCGGGGCAUCCGCGCGGACGCUCCAAACGCGCCCCUCGCGCCCCCCGCUGUCCCGGUCGUGCAGGCCCGUGCCGGUCGGCGCGCUCGCGCAGGCGCCCCGGCUAAUCCCGCCGCCGCGCCCGCUGCUCCAUCAGGCGCCCCUGAGUUUCAGAUCCCGCCGGAACUGGCGGCGAUGCAAGAGGAGGGCGACCCGUUGGAGUCGCCGGGUUUGAUCCGCGCGAUCCGCAACUCCACGUCGGAGACCGGUUGGAUGCCGCCGGCGGAUAUUGUUGACCCGAGGGACCCAGCAGACGAGCCGGGAUACUGGCAGGCGGUCAGGGACUCGACCGAUACACUAGCGCAGGAGUCGGCUACCGCGGAGGAAUUUUUCGGAUACUUAGGCAGUUCCGAUGACUCAGACGGCGGUGAAGACGGCGGCCAGACCGUAGUGGUUGAUCUUCUCAGUAGCGAGGAGGAGUAG